GUCGAAAGGUUCAUUCAAGAUGGAACCCGUAGGAGGAAGACCCUAUCGAUAUUCACAACAAAUAUGAUGCUUUCUGUGUAAUGUCUGUGUCACAUUGAGGUGAAAGAUGUACUGGCUGGCUGGAGGCUGGAAGUGGCCGGUUCUUGGCCUCGUCCUGUUCCUGUUUACAUUUGGAUCUCUGGGCUUGCUAUCUAUCUUCUACAUUCUGUGUAUUAUAGUGGGUGGCCUUGUUAUAGCAUUCUACCAUGGCCGGCAGUUAUCCAUUGCUUCUUUACAAAGUGGCAACAUUGACCUUUGUCGCUCACGCUCGGGUAUUCUUAAGGUCAUGAAGUGCAUGGAAAAUAUGACGAAGAUAAAGAACUUUGACAGACGGAUGACAGGGGCUAGUGUAAUAGACGAGGCUUUACAGGAGGUGCUUGGAUGUGCCAUGAGGGACUACAUCAAAUCCUGGUACCGACAAGUCAGCGACCAUGAUGGCUUCCUGCUAGAUAUCCGACAGUGUGUGCAAAAAAUAGCCAUAACAUUUGCAUCCAGAUCAAAAGAUGUGGAUUGGAUGCCAUAUUUUACGCGGCGUUUAGUAGAUGAUUUUGCAUCUCACAUAAGACUAUACCGACGGGCCCAAGAGCGUGUCAAGGUCUCACCUAGAGAUGAGGAGUAUGAAAAAGAGAUAGAAACAGCAUUCUUUGACCUGGAGUAUAAUAUGGAGAGAAUGUGUAGGGACCUCGUUAGUAUGUCGCCGGAGGAUGAAAGGCAAUAUCUCCAGGAUCUGAGCGAGGUUUUACUCUACCUCCUGUUACCCACAGAAGAUUUCCAGAACAAAACAUUUAGAUAUAUUUUAAGGGAAGUUCUAGUCAAUGGUAUACUGAUACCGACAGUCGACCUCGUCUCAGACCCGGAUUACAUGAAUCAGAAUAUGUCCUGGUUGUGUAAAGAGACCACAUUCUCUAAUGAAACAUUCCUAAAUGUUUUGAAAAGUUCAGACAAUAUAGCAGAGCUGGAAGCUGUUAAAGAAAUUACUGAACAAAAUAUAGCUAAAUGGCGGUCUCAGGACACCGGGGGAAGUGACGACUCGUUGGUUAAACAGAAUUUGAACAGCCUAUUGUUUGUCAAAUCUAUAUGUGAGGGCAGAAUCAAACGUAUACAAGUCGGGGUGGAGGAUCCAGAACUCUGCCACGAUAUAUCUGAAUUUUGCAGAGCUAAAAAUAUAUUUGUACUUAGCUUAGAUGAAAUUAUAGAAAACAACAUUGCUUUGGCAGUAUUUAUUGAGUUUAUGAGCAGUGUAGGGGGACAACAGUACUUAUUCUUCUAUUUAAAUGUGGAGGGGUUCCGGGCAGCAGCAGAGCAACAGAUAUCGGCAGCCCACCAGCAGGCUAUGGGGGGUAUGGCCAUCGAAGCAGACCUGGAAUCUCUACGACGGGCGGCUAUGAUUAUACAUGAUCAGUAUUUAUCAGACAAGGCCACAUCCAAAAUAAGGAUAGAAGCUGAUAUUAUAAAGAGGACUUUACUGAAGAUCAAGAGUAAAAACUUAUCGGAGGAUGUCUUUGAUGAGGUGCAGGCCAAGGUUUACCAGAUUUUACAUGGGGAACAGUACUACGAGAGUUUUCUCCAAAGUAACGUAUACAUGAAGCUGCUACAGGAACUUGGCCUGAUGCCUGACAGUAAGACUGAGGACGGGGACAACCUUAGUCUAGAUGAUGACAUUUCUACCAAGUCCGGCUCGUCCAUUGGCAAUGAUGAAUUCAACUGUGAUGGUCAAGAGGAUGGUGUUGGUAUGGGGGAUACAUUGAUGUCAGCCUACAUCUCCCAGACAGGUAUUGUGAAGGAGUCCGACAAAUCAGGGAAAUCAUAUGCAGUGUUUGCUAUCCGAGUGACACGGAAACAGCACGAGGAUGAGGAUAUCCAGGAGGUUUACAGGCGUUACAGCGAUUUCCAUGAUCUUAACAUGUUGGUCCAGGAAAAAUUUCCAGAGCUGCAGGGUCCUCACCUACCUGGAAAAACUGUCUUAAAACAAAUGAACAAGGAUUUCCUAGAGAAGCGACGGAAAGCAUUAGACAACUACCUCCAGACAUUGUUAAACAAGGAUCUAUGGGACCAGUAUCAUGGUCUCAAGGAACUUGUGCUGAAAUUCCUAGCUCCAGGUUUGUGGGAAAAACACAAAAGUGAGCUGGCGAGGAAGAUGGACACCAUUGUGAAUCCUUUACGAACAUCAGUGAAGAAAGUGGUAUCCAAUGAUGGCUCUUUUGCGGAUGGAUUUGGGAAAUUCAUCAAAGGGGAAGGGUCAGUGUCUGGUGACAAAAGAGGACAAGACAGUAAAGUAGGGGCCGGUAUAGACCUGGAGGGAGAUGAGAAUAUCCCCCUUAGGAUUAUGCUUCUCCUAAUGGACGAAGUUAUUGACCUUCGGCAAAAGAACCAGUGGCUUCGUCGUCGUAUUGUGGCAAUUCUCCGACAACUUAUCAAAGCUGCCUUCGGAGAUAGGAUUAACAAAAAAAUUGUGGAGCACGUGGAUUGGAUGACAUCAGCUGAACAAAUGGCAGAAUAUGUGAAAACAUUCAGGGAUUCUUUCUGGCCUGGAGGUGUUGUAGCAGAGACUCGACCCCCACGUUCUCUACACACCAAAAUGAGGACGCGGGUAGCUUGUAAAGCCAAGAUGCUGGGCAGCGUUCCUGAUGAGAUGCGGACCUUGAUGGGUACGGAAACUAUCAAACUGGGAGUUACCCGAAUAUUUGACAUGUUUCAAAACAAGAGUCUCAACAAGAGACUGGUGUAUGUGUGUCUGGAAGGGGUGGUCCAGACUCUCUUCCCAGAAAACAAGUUUAUAGACCUUUUUGAAAAGCUACAUUCCAGAUCCAAAAGGCAAUUCACCAAAGAUUUUGACGACAAACCAGAAAUUGAUUCUGUGUUACGAAAACGUCCCGUGCGACGGUGAAUUGUCCACAUGGAGGCACCUCCAUACCAGAUACAGGCUGUGAUAAAUCCAACAUUUUUUUAUCCUAAGUAUUGAAUAAUGUGUCCUGUGAUUUGUGUUAGGGUUUUAAUGUACUGUUAUAUAGUUUAAAUGACGUCGUUAUCAUCUCCCAAUUGUCUGUGUUAAUUAGGAACGCUUUUAAGUUCAUUUAACAUGAAAACAAAAGUUGUGACGGUUUUAUAUUUUAUUAUUUAGUGUUUGUUUGUAAUACCAGCGAAGAUACCAUCUGAAUGUUAGUAAUCACCUAUUUGUUGAUUUUUAGUGUAAUAUAGAUACAUGUUUAUAUACAUACCACUGCAUAACAUGAUAAAAACAAUUUCAAAAAUUGUCAUGAAAGAUUUGUCUCGUUGUAAAAGGUGCAGAAAAUAUGUAAUCAAAUUAUUCAUCCAAUCUAAUAUAUCCUAUACAUGUACCAUAACGUGAAAUGACAAACAUACAAGUUUUAAAUGAUUCGUGUGAACUUUAAUUAGUAAAGAGAGUGCAUUCUUUUGAUUAAGUAGUAUUCUUUAUGUGAUAUACGAGGUAAAUUAAAUGCCAAAUUAAUUAGUGAGUGGCUUUUGCGUAGAUUUUGUAUAUUUAUUACCAGCUGAAGUUUUUUGUUGAGAAACUUACAUUUUGAUAAAUUAUUUCAAUUUUUGUCUACUUGCUAGCUGUUGUUGGUUCCAAUAUUAACUACAAUUUGUAUAUCAUUCGUAAAGAAACACUGCCAUUUGAUUCAGUUUAGCUGAUAGAAUAUAAAUCACAGCUUUUUGAAAUUUUUCUCUAUUUAAUAUUCAAAAUUUGUAUUUCUGUAAAGUAAAGAGAGUUAAAAAAGGAAAAUUACAUACAUAAAUUUGAUAACUUGUUCAAUCUAUCACACAAGUGCAAUCCAACCUGUUCAAUCUAUCACACAAGUGCAAUCCCACCUUUUUUCUGGAAAAGGGGAUGGAUGCAUGUAAUUUUAACGGUUUCUUACUAGAGUUACAUCAAAACACUUUCAGCAGUCUGGUACCUCAUUGUGAAAAGAUAUUCAGUGUAAGUAAUAUAGACACUGAUUCUAAGCCCAAAAAUAGUUUUAUUCCUGAUUUGACAUGCAAAUAUUUCCCUGAAUAAGGAUUUAUCAAAAUGUUUAAUGUUUUAUACUAGUAACAUUGCUUUUUUUGACACUCUUUACAAAGGAACUAUGUUCCUUGGUAGAUACGUUUAUACCUCAAAUUCAACUUGUGUCUAUUGAAACUAUUUAACAAGAAUAGCUGGAUUUUAAGUAUAGUUCCGUUCAAAAAUCAAUGUUGUUUUUUUUUUUCAAAUUUUUUGUCGUGCCAGUCACCUGACUU